AUGUCGGGCAACUCUACAAACGGAACGUCUCCAGCAAUUCCGGCUCUACCCCCCUCCCUCGACCUUCCCCCGCAUCUCUCCGCACAAAAGUACUUCUUCGUCUGCACCCUCACCGUCCUCGCAUGGGACACCCUCGUCCUCACCCCCCGCUCAUACAAGCUCGGCCGCCAGCCAGGAUGGCCAGCGCUCAAGUGGAUGUACUACUUCCUCCAAGUAUGGGUUCUUUCAGACUUCAUCGUCACCGGUGUCAUGUUCUUCAGCACGACUGUCGACGUAGAUACUACCUGCAAGGCUUUCUGGCCAUAUGAACCUAUCUGCACCGCCAUCCUCGUUGGCGUCGCCUCUGCCGUGCACGUCAUCCGUAUCAGCGCCAUCUACGACAAGGAUAACCGCGUUCGCUCUCUUCUUGGCGGCCUGUUCGCCGUCCAAGCCAUCGUGACCGCUAUCUGCUGUGGCUUCUACCGCUCCGUCCACCUCGAGCAGGGCCAAGGCUGCAUCGCCGGGCCCAGGAACAACGCCUCCUGGGUCGGCAUCUACUGGCUCGCCCCGACGCUCCUCUACACGACCACCUUCGUGCUCGCGACGAUGCGCUCGCUGCAGACGCUCCAGGCCAAGCCCAUGACAUACUGGCGCCUCAUGCUGCGCGACGGGCUGAACCUCUACGGCGCAAUCAUGAUCGUCAACCUCGCGAACAUGUUCUUCUACUUCCUCAUGACGCCGACGGACCCGACGGACCCGAUCAAGACGAUCGUGUCCUCGAUGGCGGCCGUGCUCACCGCGACGAUGUCGAUGCGCAUUAUCCUCGGCGUGCGCGGCUCGCUCGCGGGCGGCGGGGCGUUUGCGGGCGCGAGCGCGGCGUCGUCGUCUGCGAUGGGAUCCGGGUCCGGGUCGGGAAGCGGGCGGAGGGGCCAGACGCAUACGUUCACGCUGGGCGAUAUGCGCGAUGCGGCGAGUGUGCCGGCGGCGCCGAAGGAGAGCGUUGUCGCGGCGAACUGGGAGGCGGACAAGAACAGCGUCGGCGAGGAGGCCAAGGGCGUGCUGCCCGAUGGUGUCGAGGUGCCUGGGCUCACGCACGGGCCUGUGGGGGUGCAGGUGACUGUUGAUCGGCAGGUGGAGUAUGAUGAGGGGUUUAACAAGGGCAGGAAGUAGAGCGCGCGGUGGUGGGCUGUAAAAGGUCGGCUUGCGGUGCUCUGCUUUGUCUGUUUAUGUUUCGCCUUUUCUUCGUGCGUUUGUUGGAGCGGGAGGCGGGGAAAAGAAGUGGGGGACGAUGUCCGUGUCGCAAACGCGGACACAAAACCUGAUUUGCUCGAAGUUAUAACCAUCCAUCCAUCCGUUUUCUUGCUUUCUUCACCUCUUCCGACGCGUGCAUGUAGGAGUUUAAUUCGGCGUGCUGCUGCCUCGGGAAGGACAUGCCCUUUCUUGUGCCUCGCCUUCCCUCCCUUGAUCUAAAUGUGUUGAUCUUUGUCCCCUGUACUACCUACCUAUCUUAGCUUACCUGACUUGGCUCCCAUUCCCCUCCUCUGCUUGCGCCUCUGAAUCGCGUCGAUGCCUCGGAUGCCAGAUGCCUCGAUGGUUCCUGAAGGUGGAGGGGGCAAUCGUAUGUUUUGAUCUAUCUAUCUAUUUGCUUCUUCCUAGUUUCUGCUGCUUUGUACAUAUGUGUAUAGAUGGGUUUUGAAGUAGGCAGAGGUCUGUAC